UACUGAAUAAUUCGAACGGUCAGGUUCUGGUUUCCGGUGCUCUUCAGAGUACAGAAAAGGACUGUUAUCUAUGCAGGAUUUGGUAGCUAUAAUAACCUCCGCUUAUGCGAUGCAACAUCGCCUGCCUGAACCAUCCCAACCCAUCACCCCUUUUUUAUCGGUGGUUCCGUUUCUAUGAGACUUGGUCAUCCUACAAGACUGCCAUUUUUGAUGGAAGCCAAUAGACAAAGAAUAUUAGGAACGUCGGGUCUACUCAGGCAAAUACCUUUGUUUGGAACAUCAUAUAGCCAAUUUAGUCCUGUUGAAAACUUGGUAAGGUUUUUUUUUUUCAUAUGGCUGUCACUCACACCGAGUUGGUUCUCCGCGUUUGGAAGCGUGUAGGAGCCUUCGCUACUGGUCAAGUGUCUGAUCCAGUAACCCUCACUGGGAGCGAUCUGACAAUAGAAGAUGUUAUAAGUGUUGCUCGUCACAAUGCUGGUACUGAAAUCAGUGACUCUUCACUUGAGCGUAUGGAGAGGAGCUUCUCUACACUUUUGAACAGACUUCAGAAUGGGGAUGUUAUAUAUGGUGUGAAUACCAGUUUCGGGGGUUCUGCGGAUCUGCGUACUAGUGAGUUCGCUGAGCUUCAAAGGGCGUUAAUUCGGGAACUUCAUUACGGGGUGUUACCGCCCGGAGAAAGAGAUCAUCACUCCACGCCGCGGCAACCAUCUUUCCAUCAAUAUGACUUUCUACUUGACGGAAGCCAUGAUGUCUUCUUCAUGCCUCGGUCAUGGGCUCGGGCAGCUAUCGUUAUUCGCAUCAAUUCGUUGAUUUCUGGAUGCUCAGCUGUUCGACCUGCCAUUGUUGAACGAAUGCAAGAUUUGUUGCGGCAUGACAUUAUCCCCAUGAUUCCCCUUCGAGGUAGCAUCUCGGCGUCUGGUGACUUAAGUCCUUUAUCCUACAUUUGCGGAGUAAUACAAGGUAAAACUACUAUCAGGGUUCUUUCAAAGACCUCCACUGCAGUAUAUGCAGAUGCUGCAUUAGCAGAAACGGGCCUAGAGCCCAUUAUGAUAGAAGCCAAAGAAGGGCUUGCUAUAACUAACGGAACCGCCGUGUCGGCUGCCGCAGCUGUCUUGGGUCUUCAUGACACCCAUUCUCUGGCUAUAUUUGCUCAAAUAUUAACUGCUAUGAGCGUCGAGGCUUUGAACGGUACAAUGGAGAGCUUUCAUGCUUUCUUCUCUCAAACUCGUCCCCACCCUGGGCAGACGGAAUGUGCUCGUAACAUUCUAUCAUUUCUAGCUGGAUCGAAACUCACAAAGGCCAAUGAUGGAGCCAACUGGAUGCUACGCCAGGACCGCUACUCUAUCCGAACAGUACCGCAAUGGAUUGGUCCUAUACUUGAAGAUCUUGUAUUAGCUCAUGAACAAAUAUCCAUAGAGUGUAACUCGGUUACCGAUAACCCUCUUGCCUAUGAAGGAAAAUUCCUGCAUGGUGGAAAUUUUCAAGCUAAGUCGGUAACAUCUGCAAUGGAAAAGGCACGACAGGCUACCCAAGGCAUAGGACGUAUGCUUUUCAGCCAAUGUACAGAGCUUAUCAACCCGGCUACAAAUCGAGGCUUACCCCCGAACCUAGUUGCCGACGAUCCCAACGUGUCAUUUAUUUUCAAGGGCACUGAUAUUUAUAUUGCAGCUCUAACCGCUGAGCUAGGCUUUUUAGCAAACCCCGUUAAUCACGUUCAAACAGCAGAAAUGGGGAAUCAGUCUCUGAAUUCAUUAGCUCUUAUAUCUGCCCGCUAUACACAUACGGCAAACGAUGUUCUCUCGCAACUUGUUGCCCUCCAUUUAGUUGCUGUGUGUCAGGCUCUAGAUCUCCGCGCUAUGCAUAUACAGUUCCUCGAGAACUACAAACUACAAUUCACUAGCAUAGUCUCCGAUCACUUCAUGUUGGUUGAGCCCUUACCAAGUCAUCUGACAGUUAACAGAGGAUCGAAAUUGGAUGCACAAGUGCUAGGAAAUGCCAGAUCUGAACAACCCCCGGAUUUGAACUCGGAUGGAAUCAAUAUGUCUUUCAGACAAUUCAAGGAAGCCCUUUGGGAGGAGCUUCUGUCGUCACUCGAAGCAACGGCGAAUAUAGAGGCGCCUAGGCGCUUUGACGUUGUCGCGAAGUCUCUGCGACCGAGCAUACUCGAUAACCCAAACUUUGGCCGCGACCCUGGCCUUAUCGGGAGGCUUGAACGUUUUACUGAAGCGCUUUCUCUUACGCUAGAUGAUGCAUGGCGCGCGAAUAGGAGUCUCUACCUUGCGCACGGGGAUGCCACGAACCUGCUUGGUAGGGCAUCGAAAGUAGUUUAUACAUUUCUACGCCAUACUUUGAAAGUUCCGAUUCUCGCAUCAACAGCACUUAUGACACCUACCACCGAGGAUAUACGAAGCAGGCAGGCACCGACAGUCGGCUCAUAUACGGGAGUUGUAUACCGUGCUGUGAGAGAUGGCACAUUGAGUGAAGCCUUGACAGGUCUUUUAGAGCCCCAUGAAUAACUGGAUGCUGGGUGUCUUGGAAUAGUCUACACGUUUCUACAUGUAAUAGAUCUUUACCAAGUCGCACUGAUUGGCCAUUUUUGGGCUGGUCGAGCCAGAUCCCAUACAGGUAUCGUUCUGUUCUACUAUUGGAGCUCAUGCUCAAUUCAGAUAGAACUCUCUUACGUGUUUACUUAGAAGUAUCAAGACAAGGUCAGAACUUGUCAAAAGUUCAUUUUUAGUGCUCCGCUGCCCUAUUUCCUUUUACUCGAAUGUGAUAUGGUAUUAUGGAAGAGAUAAGGUAAUGAAGAACGGAAUGGUAAGUCAGGACGGAACUAGGAAACUCGGGCUCUG